UUGGAGAACAGCAAUGUAACAGCGUUUUUAAUUGAACGAGCUGGUGACAGGCAGCGUUAGCAAGCAAAAUGAACAACUCAGGAGUCAUGCCACAAGAAAAGAUGGAGCUGGAUCUGGACAUCCCAUCUUCAUUACUUCAGACCGAUGGACACUUGAGGAGAUCCAACAGUGCACCAAUGAUAAAUGGCUUAAGCGAUAACUCCCAAGUGUUCCAGAGAGAAGUGCUGCGUAGCCGGAGAAAUAGCACUACAGUUGUCAACAGGCCCAAUAUGGUCCCUUCAUCACCCAUCCGAGUUCCCUUCAUCAGAUUAAACAAUGGUGGUAUAGUCCACCUUCAUUCAGAGUGCAGGCUGAUGGAGUGCUCUAUAUAA